UAAGCAGUACAUAUUUUUUGAUUUUGAAGUAAUUGCUUAAGUUAAGUGGCUACUUCGACAAAGAAUUUUCCAAAAUCAAGGGUGCUAGGGUGAACCAAGGUCGAAGUUACCAUUUUGUAGAAAAAAAGCUACAAGUAAAGGUGUUUUUGGGGCCCUUUUAUCAUCAUUUCCAUAUAGUACUAUCAUCUUGGCAACUUUCGAUUGUGUUGUUGAUACUUCGCCACUAAUCCGCCACUGCUUCGGCGGUAUCGAAAGUGGACAUACGUCACAUUAGAACGGCAAGCCCCUCUCGCAACCGAGAUGGAAAGUCCCCAUUUAUCGUAACUUGAUUGAAAACAAACAUCGUCGGGUGUCUUCAUCAAUGAAAUGACGUAAUCGCCGGCCGAUUGGCCUAUGGGGGGGAUCCCACAUGAUCGGCAGCCAAUCCCCUGGCUCGUUUAGUGUCGAUUUUCACUCGCACGCCCUCGCACAAUCGCCCAGCGAAACGGCAACACUGCACUCAUCACCAUUCCGAGUUCUAGCCGUGGCCAGGCUGCACGUCUGCCACCGUGCGCCCCCUUACAGUUCCAGUUUUCGGCCGUUUCUGACCGUGCCGCGGAUGGUUCCCCCAGUGCCCGCCUAGUGCCGAGAUGCCGACCACCCCCGAGUGCGACUACGACAUCGUCUCCAACGAGGGCCUGCUCUCCCUGCUGCGGAACGAGUCGAAGAAGAUCGUCAUCCUGGACUGCCGCAGCUCCAUCGAGUACGGGGAGUGCCACAUUCGGGACGCCGUCAACUUCUCCAUCCCCUCGAUUAUGCUGCGCCGCUUGGCGGCGGGCAAGAUCGACCUCGCCGCCACCGUCAAGUGCAGGGAGCUGAAGCAGAAGAUCUGCAGCACCUACAAGGAGAACCUCUUCGUGCUCUACAACGAUCUCUCCGGAGUUCAACAACACCAGGCCGACUCGGUGCUCAACGUUCUGCUGCGACGGCUGACGCAAGAUGGUUGCCGAGUCGUCUGCCUUAAAGAUGAAUUCCAAACAUUCCGAAAUUCGUACCCGGAGUGGUGCGACAGUUGUUCGGAACUGUUGGACAAUUCUGGUGGGACAAUGCCAUCGGCAGCCGGACCUGACCCCUUGCCUUUGAUGGGGCUGCGGUCGCUGCGUAUUUCAGCACCACCUUUGCACAGACCCCAUCGAAGCUGCGACAGUUUGUCGUCCACUGCCAACAGUUCCACCGACAGUUCAGACACCGAUGAUCGGUGUGAUAGUUCAUUAGUCCUUUCAGGUUUGGAAGAUGAUAGAGAGUUUCCGGUGGAGAUUCUUCCUCACUUGUUCCUCGGCAAUGCCGCCAACAGCGAGGACAGCCAGUCGCUUGAACGGCACGGCAUUCAGUACAUACUGAACGUCACUCCCGACUUGCCUAAUGUGUUCGAAAAAGUCGGACAUUACAAGUACAUGCAGAUUCCCAUCACGGAUCAUUGGUCGCAGAACUUGGCGAGUCAUUUUCCAAAGGCUAUAGAAUUUAUAGACGAGGCGCGGUCCAACCAGAAGGGCAUCCUGGUGCACUGCCUGGCCGGCGUGUCGCGUUCCGUCACCAUCACGGUGGCCUACCUCAUGUACAAAUGCUCCCUGAACCUGAACGAUGCCUUCAACGUGGUCCGCUCGCGCAAAUCCAACAUCGCCCCCAACUUCCACUUCAUGGAACAGUUGUACAACUUCGAGCGCGAAUUGAAGCUAAACGUGUCUUCCCAAAGCCCCGUCGCCCUCAUGGAGAAGCUCGAACAGGAGCAGAAGAGCCGAGGCAGCAAAGGCGACCAAACGCGACAGCGAGGAGGCGCUUGCCAGAAUUGCGGACUUACAGAAAACUGCAAAUGUCGGCAACACAUGGACUUUCUCAGUCCGUUGGCACAGAUCGGCGUCAGUCCGGACUCGGGGAUUGAGUUCGACCGGUGGGCGUCCAGCACACCCAACGAAUGAGACAACAAGGGGGGGUCGCAGUGGCACUUUUAAGGUGGCAAGGGCCGAAGGCCCCAGUGCCACUGUCAUCCCCCCUUUGAUAUUCAUCCGUGUCUUAUUCCUUCAUCGUUUUUGCCAGUAUUAUUCAGCACAAAUUCGUUCAAAGCCUUCAGUUUAGACUACGGACAGCUAAAGGCUAGGAGGCGGACGACCGAAAAUAAAACGGUCCCGUCCUCGCUAGUUCCGUUAACGUCGCCAGAGAGCGCAAACAAAAACAUACAGGCAGUUGGUUGAAUUUAAAUUAAUUUAAAGCAGUCUCAUUUUCUGGGUACGUUUUUGCAUCUCGUUUCGUCUCCUAACUUAUAGUCCUCCGUAGUUAAUUUUUCGAAAUCAAGUCACCAGUUACAAAACUGUCAAUUUCCACAGCCGGUCUGACCGUGAAUGGACGGGGAAUAAGUUGGCAACCUUGAAUGAUUGGUGAUAUUAACUGUGUUGGAGCACCGUUGCCAACUUAAUCCCACCACCAAAUGAAUAUUGUUGACGGAAGCGUUUAUUUUCUUAAAGACUGUUGGGCAGCCUGCAAACAAUUGAGCGUGUAUUUAUAACUUUUGUAUUUUAUACGACAACCUACUUAAUAUUACUUGCUAUUAAAGGGCACAAUUUCUACUUGUUUACGAGAAUUAAGAUUUUACAAAUUGUACUGCAUAUCGAGAUGUAUUUUUAGGAUUAUACGUACGAAAUGUUUCGAAAAUUGCUAAAUAUACAGAGUGGGUGUUUUUGCACCGACGAUUUGGGUAUUAUUAAAAUGGCCUCAAUUUUAAUAAUUUCAAACGUGCUCCGGUGGCCUGUUGUUGUCUCGCCCUGUAUAUGGAACAUUUUGUAACAUUAGUGCCAUAUUAUUUAUUUUUCCAUGCAUGUAGGAACAAUCUUGCCAUAAGUAGACACACAAAUUGUUAUGCUGUAUAUCGUUAUCCAUAGAGAAAUUAUUGUACGUACGAAUAAAUGUUAAAGUAUAUAUUUUCAUGACAUAGGUUAUACAUAGCUUAACUCAGUAGUGAUUAACGCAGCCUCCUGACGCGUCAGUUUUGGGGGGCUGUGCAUUAUAUUAUAUUAAAAGAAAGGAUCCAGUCAUUAGACGUAGGGACGGCAUUUUCGCGGCAUGAAAGUGUCAAACAUAGAAAUAUGUAAUGUUUACUUACUGUUAGACAGUAACGCAGAGCCCUAUAUAAUGAAUGUUUGUUAUUUUCUUAUUUAAGCAAAAGGGCGCCGCGCCCCAGUUAUCACGUAAUUGGUGAGUCAGUGUUUCACUAUGUUUGCAACAUUCCUAUUGAAUUUAACUUUGUAAUUAUUCUUAUGAGAAAAUAUUUAUUCUUCCAUUUGUCGGUGACAAAUCUUACAGAAUUAUUGGUAGGUAAUAACGUUCCAUAUUUUACUUAUUGAUGUUAUUUUAUAUGUGAAUAUUUAUUGUAUAUUAUUAAUCCAUGUUUCUUCAUAACUUUUGGAUAAUAAAUUUUCAAUGUGA